GCCGAGUUUCGCGACACUUCAACACCUAAACUUUUCUUCCGAUUUCCGGCACAUAAUCUUGGUUCUUGGACCGUUUUUCCCUUGCAAUUUGCAUGUGUUAAUGGGCCCCGCGGUUCCAUACCGACGGGCGAAACGUUUGGUUUAUACUGAUGGACUUGGAGUUCCGGGGUGUCAUGGCACCGCAUGGGCUGCCUACACAUGCGAGUCUCUUAACGCCCUUGGGCACCUCCAGCGACCUUCGGAAUAACCCCAGAAUGCCCCGGCCCGUUACAGGAUUUGAUCUAUCAGCUAGGAGCUCCGAACCUUGCGACAUGGAGAAGGUUCCUCCAAUCACGGGGAAGCGCCGGGGUGGUAGCAGAAAGGCCUGUAACGAGUGUAAGCAACAAAAAUUACGGUGUGAUAUUGUACAGACGCCUGCCGCAGCGUGUUCACGCUGUCGGCGGCUUCAGAUAGAAUGCAAAGUUGAACCAAGCUUCAAGCGCAUUUCGAAAAGAAGGCGCAAUGCUGAGAUGGAAAAGGAGAUUGCAGAUCUCCGUCGACGGCUUGCUACUUCUGCGGACCACCCUCAUGGCGCAGAAGCAACAGUCAGCGAUGAGCUAUCCCAGUGCUCGGAAGAGGUGUUCUGUGGCCCUGAUUCGGCCGUCUCGAAUAGAACACGCACUUUAUCAGCUCCGCUGGAAGCACAGCCCCUGGCAACCCCGUUAAGCAUCCAGAGGGCCACUUCCAUCAUGUCCCAGGAGGACAACCUAUGGAGAUUAGAAGAUGUUUCACUUUCCCGACAAAGAGUCGCACGGUUGUUUGACCAGUUCUUCAAGUAUUAUCAUCCUUUCCUGCCGCUUUUGAACCCCCAAAAGCCCCCCGAUGAAUAUCUUCGUCGCUGCCCCUUGCAGGCAUGGACGAUUAUCUGUGUUGCAAGCCGAAGGGCCCCAUCAGAACCCGGGCUUCUAACCGCGCUCUCUGGGCCGUUUAGUCGGCUCCUAUGGUCGACUAUCACCGGAGUUCCGCAAGACUAUCGUGUGGUGAAAGCCCUUUGUCUUCUCUGCACGUGGCCGCUCCCCACGACCAGCCAGAGAACGGACGCAACAUUUAUGCUUAGUGGAUUGAUGAUGCAGAUUGCCAUGCAACUGGGUUUGCAUCGCCCGGUGCAACCAGAAGAGUUCACAACCUUCCGGAUGGAAGUCCAAGGGGAGGCGGUAAAGGAUCGAAUACAAACUUGGGCUAUAUGUAAUAUUGUAGCUCAGAAUGUUGCUACGGGCUACGGGCAACCACCGGGCACAAUUUACGAUUGGGCGCUUGAGCCAGCGUCUCUCCAAGACGCAGAUUACCACCCUUCCCAUGACCUCCAAACUCGGUUGCGCAUCGAAAAGUUCUGUGACCGAGUAACCAAGUCACUAUAUAGCAGUAAACCGGAACCAGCAGAGUUUAUUAGCGCCGAGAAGUUGUUGAUUGUGCAGCUCCUGGAGAAUGAGCUGAGAGACAUGGAAGUCGAGCUUGGCCGAGAUAUUUCCAAUAUCAACAUGAUCCAUCUUCGAGCAGCUGAGCUGCAUUUGCGGUACUUUGUAUUUCUAGGUUCCAAUCCACGAAGCGAUGACUUAACGAAACUCUUCAUUGCGACCACGUCGUUCCUUGGUCGUGUAUUAGAUCUCGAAACGUCUCCCGGAGAGCUCAUUGGUCAUGCAACCAAUUACAUUCUCCAAAUGACCGUGUCUGCUGCGUUUGCGCUGAUGAAGCUGUUGAAGAGUGACUUCAGCCGCCACAUUGACUUCGACCACGGGAAGCUCCUGUUCAAUGGGGCAAUCUCGGCCAUCCGGCGGAUCAGCGUCAUGGACCACGACCGUCCCGUGCGCCUGGCGGACAUUCUGGCGCAAAUGUGGAAUGCGGGAGGCUCUGAUCCGAGCGGAGAAGAGGCUCUCCUUCUGAAGGUACGCUGCCGAAUGAGCAUGAGCCACGUCUAUGAUACCGUUUGGCGUUGGCGACAGCGCUUUCGGCCGAUCAAGAGCGUCGAAGAUGCACAAGCUACCCUGGCCAAUCCAAACAUGUCGACAACAGCUGGACCUGUUUCACGGCAGGACGAUUCACUCGAGGACCCCGGGUUGAUGUACGCACCUAACUUCGACCAAGGAGGAGCGUUCAUUAGCGAAGUUGGGUUCUCCGAAGUCUUCGAUUCGCUCAACUGGGUGUUUGACGGGAUUCCGGACUCAUUCGUUGCUCCACCCGUGAUGUAGACGAAUACCAGUACUGUAUUUGUGUGACUACCGUGUUCCUUCCGGGUUCACAAUUAUAUUUCAGCGUUAGACAGAAAAAGAGUUCCUUGUUGAUACCAACUUUCGUUGUACAUACACUCAAUUAGAAGUUCAAUGAGAUACCAAUCGGAAGGGAAGGGGAAGUAAAAGCACACUACUGUGGCAACCUCUCAAUCCCACCG